AUGGCGACGUCUCCCUUGCGGUUCCUCGAGGCCUUUACGCGCGCGUCCAAACGUCAGCACGUGUCCGGCCGUGCCCAACGUGGUCUCUUUGCUGGUCGGGACAAGGCCUUUGGCAACAACGUGUCGUUCUCCAAACGCCGAACCCGUCGUGACUGGAAAGUGAAUCACCAGUGGAAGAGCCUCUACUCGGAGACGCUGGACGAGAAGGUCGGACUGAACGUGACGACGCACACGCUGCGAUGUGUGGACAAGUGUGGGGGGCUGGACAAUUACCUCUUGAGUCUAAAAGACGAGCGUGCGCUCGGAGUCAAGGGACUCGCGACGCGCGACCGGAUUCGAUCAGUCAUGGCCACUGCCAACGCGUCGGUUGAAGCCCAGUAG